CAAGGCUGCAACAGCUAAGUAAUGCUUCUUAGGGGCGCAAGUCAUGCUGAACCUAAGUGGGGAUUCCUUAUGCACAAACAAGUUUAGGAGGGUGAUGCAAGAAGCUUAAAAGCUGCUCUGAGAUCCACGGAGAAAGGAGAGGAGGAAAUAAACGGAACACAGAAAAGCAAGCAUCUUCACCUUGAAUGAUGCUGUCUUUGGAGCAGAUCCACACCGAGCCAGCCCCGACACCUAAGGAACUGGACUGGGCAGAACAGGGGUACCUGAGCCCUCUGCGCUGUUCCUGGCGCCGGGAUGUGCCCUUGGACUGCAAAAUCAGCCCAGAGGAUGCCCAGGCCCGGGCUUGGACAGCCUACUACUAUGACCUCUUGCAGAGUACUUUGCAACAGGAAGGGCUCCCAGAGACUAUUGACCUCACCAAGGAACCACGGACAGGAUUUGGUCCAUCUGAUGUAACCAUCUGUGUUUUGGGCUCCCCCACUUCAUAUUUGUCUGUCCUUCUGGAAGGCGGCAACCAGUGUCCUGGUAACAUGCUACUGUGUCUUUCGCCAGCCUGGCUGUCCAAGGUGCCAUCGGAAUCGCACCCAGGAGAGUCGUCCUUGCUGGUCUUCAAGGCUGUGACGUUUGACCUUGGUGGCCGCACAACCCUGGAUGAGUUUGUGCCUCCACGCCGUGUCACCUACUUCACAGGCUGCUUUGGGCCAUGCAAGGCCCAGGGCCAGUCAGCAGCAGAGCUGGCCCGAGACCUCGACUGCCCCACCGGUGGCUCAGGAGAGCUGGCUCGCCUACUGGAGGACAAGCUCCUGACCCGCCAGCUCAUGGACCAGCAGGCAGAGGUGGCCGUGCCCCCCACCCUGGCCUUCACCUUCAAGCGCCCACUGCCCCUGAGAAGCGUGACAGAGGAGCAGCACGUUCGCAUGGUAGAGCUCAGUGGCCGUGAGGGGCAAGACAACCUGUUGCAGGAGGAAAUCGCAGCGUUCUUGCAAGGUGGUGCCAUGGAACUUUACCGCCAGGUGGUGGUGAAACCAUCAGGCUGGCGCUGGAAUGGAGCCCAGGCUGUGUCAUUCCAUGCUAAGUCAGAACAAGGAUGUAUCCUGCAAGCUGUCCUAACACUGCUGGAGACCUUGGAGGAGGAGGAGAGCAUCUUGGUGGAGGCUUUCAUUCCCACGGCUCACGUGAUCCGACCUGGCCCUUCUGACACCGAUGGCUCUCCAUUUCCAGGCAACACAUCUCCACAGCCCGAUCUGGCAGUACGAAUAUGCACUGUUGUCUGUAGAUCCCGAAAAGACCAGCCUCUGCUAAGCAAGGUAGUAUGCGGUGUGGGGCGAGCAGAUAAGCCCCUGAAGCACCAGGCCACAGUGCCUCAGACACUUGAGAGUGGCCUCCGGCAAUGGGGGCUGAAGGAUGAGGCUCAGAUUGCAGCCAUCCAUGCCCAGAUCAAGCAGAAGGCUGAGGCAGCCAUGAAAGCUUUCAUGGAUAUGGAGGCUGGUCUGACAGCUGAGCAAAGAGGUGGUCGCCGAGCGCAGACCGAUGUUAUUGGUGUGGAUUUUCUCCUGAGCUCAGAGGACCAGGUGUUGCAAUUGGUGGCCCUUGAGAUGAACUCGCAGCUGUGCCUGGAGACCUGCUCUGUCUUUGAGUCCAUGGGCCGGGUGGUGGGGGCACAUGUGGGCGAGGUGGCGUGCCCCCUGGUGGAGACGAUGCUACGUCGCACACAGUGCCACUUGAUGGAGGGCAAACACGUGUUGGUGAUUGGGGCCGGCGGAGUCAGCAAAAAGUUCGUCUGGGAGGCAGCCAGGGACUACGGGCUAAAAAUCCACCUGGUGGAGUCCGAUCCCAACCACUUUGCCUCCCAGCUGGUGCAGACCUUCAUCCAUUAUGACACCACAGACCACAAGAGGGACGAGGAGCAUGCCCAGCAACUGCUGGGGCUGGUGCGGGAGCGGGGCCUGCAUCUGGACGGCUGCCUGUCCUACUGGGAUGACUGCAUGGUCCUGACGGCCCUGGUGUGCGAAGGGUUGGGCCUGCGCUGCAGCUCCCCCACCGCCAUGAAGGUGGCCAAGCAGAAGAGCCGCACUCACCUCCAUUUGCUGCGGAGGCGCAAGGAGGGGGCUCGCUGGCCCUCAGCAGCGCUGUACGCAGUGCCCUGCUGCCACCUGGAGAGCCACGCAGAUGUGGAACGAGCCGCCGGCCACAUCAACUUUCCUGGGGUCAUGAAGUUAGAGUACGGGGCAGGGGCUGUGGGGGUCAAGUUGGUGGAGGAUGCCCAGCAGUGCCACCUGCACUUUGACAAGAUCUCCAGGGAUCUGCAAGAUGACUCGGACCAUCCAGGCAUCGGGCUUGGCUGGGGCAAUGCUAUGCUCCUGAUGGAGUACGUCUCUGGCACGGAGCAUGAUGUAGAUCUGGUGAUCUAUGAAGGGCGGAUGCUGGGGGCUUUCGUCUCUGAUAAUGGGCCCACCCGAGUGCCCAACUUCACUGAGACAGCAGCCUGCAUGCCCACUUGUCUGCCCCCUGACCGCGAGGCGCAGCUCAUCCAUGCUGCCUACCAGUGUUGCUUAGGCUGCGGCCUCACUGAUGGUGUCUUCAAUGUGGAGCUGAAGAUGACGGUGGCUGGCCCCAAGCUGAUUGAAAUCAACCCCCGCAUGGGUGGCUUCUACCUCCGCGACUGGAUUCAGGAGAUCUACGGCGUAGACAUCAUGCUGGCCUCUGCCAUGAUUGCCUGUGGGGUGGCACCCCUCUUGCGGGCCCGCUCUCGUCCCCGCAUGCACCUGGUGGGAGUGAUGUGCUUGGUCUCCCAGCACCUGCAGGUCCUCAAGUCCACUGCCAGCCUGGAGACACUCCAGGCCCUGCACGAGCGGGGCGUCAUCCGCCUCAACCUGCUUGAUGAUGAGCUGGUGUCUAGCGAGUAUGAGGAGCCCUAUUGCCAUGUGGCUUGUGCCAGCUCUAGUCGCCACGAGGCGUGCCUCAAGCUUCUAGGCAUCUGCCAGGUUCUGGGCAUCGACUCCGCACACUAUCCCGUUGCCCACUUUCUCUCUCACUUUAAAUAGCCUUGGAGAUCAUGGUUCCCUCAAUCUGGAAUUGAUCUUGCACCUGCUCCAGAGAGGGAGCCUUGUCUGUCCCUCUCCUACAUUGCCCUUUCCUUACUUACUUACUCCCUCACUUACAACUGGGGUUUGUACUGCACAAACACCCUGUUUCCUACAGUCUUGUCAAGUGGCUGCUGUCUCCCUCAGGAAAGGAGUGUGGCAUCAUCUGGUGCCAUCUCUGGUAAGUGCCACGCCCACACCCCUCACACUCUCAAAGGGGCUGACCCUGCUUUUGUUGGGAGGAGAUGCAAAUAAUUGCAGUGUCCCACCAUUCCUCUAUUGUCACAGUGAAGAAAUUGUCUCCUUUCCCUUUAUUUGCAGUUCUUGUUAAAUGUCUCACAUCUUUGUUCCUGGCUUUCUCCUCCCCAAAGCCUUUUACAGAGGCAAGUCCCAGCCUCUUCAUCUUCUCUUUCUUCCACUGAGGAAAGGCUGUUGCUUUCCAGCCAGAUGAGCCCUAGAGAGAACCUUCCUAACACUUCAAAAAAUCAGUGGAAAAGAGGGCUUGGGGUCAAAUAUUUUCCAGUCUCUCAUCAGGCAGUGAUCAUUUGAGUAAAUCGGCAUGUGCUGAUCUUGAGCACAAGCUCUUUCCUGGAUCCAAUCUUGCAGAUUCCACCAAUUUACAGGCUAUGCCCUAAAAAAUGUCUUGGCCAGCCUACUGUAACAAAAGGGCCACAUGCAAGCCUAGAAUAACUGACAUUUUACAGAGCAGCAGAACAUGAAGACAUUUAGCAAGCUAGUUCUGCUGCCUCAGCAUUUGCCAACCCCACAAUUAACAUCCUAGUGCCUCAUGAUCUUUUUAGAAGCUAAUGAGUACACACAAGGCUGUAUUUAUUGGGUAAUCAUAGAAAUAAUGCAGGGUACAGUAAUAGAAAUUCAGUGGUAAUGCCUAGCAUGCAUUUCCAGGCAGGAGGGAACUCGCCAUCUGCUCAUGAGACAACCUGCUGUAACUAUCUCCCCAUCUCUGUAAUACCCUAAAAGAUACGAUAGUAGAGCAGCACUGUGACAGCUCUUCCAAGCACAAUAACCCAUUGGUACACAAAACUCUUGCAAAAGACUGCAGCGCCUGCACUGCUGACAACGUAAAAUAACAAGCCUUCCAAGGGAAUCCCUGUGCCCUUGAAGACCCUACACAACUAAGUAAUUGUAGUGCCAGCAUUCCUGAGUGUUUUUGCAAUAAGCCACAGCCUUGCUACCCCUUUGAAUUAUGAAGAAGUAGCAAUGCUUCAUCCAUUAAUCUAACUGUUCUCCAAUCGGUAAUGUUACCUAGCACCAGCAUCUUCAAAAACACCUAUAACCAGCAUAAAGAGAAAGAAGUAAAAAACAAAUAGAGCUCUGAUUGGCACAGUGGAAGAGUCUCUCGUCUUUGUCAUAGUUCACUGACUUGCUGCUGCUUUCGUAACAAAAGGCAGAGAAGCGGCAGGAGGAGGAGGCAACUAAAGGACCAUAGGGUGCAAAAUGACUGCUGCCAGGAAAGGGGGGUGGUGGUGGCAGGGAUUGGGAGCUUCAGAGGUCCCACCACUGAGUGACUAACAGCAGGGCCGUUAGUUGGAUGUGGCCUCUUAAACAGACUCACGCCCCUGCCUAGCUUCCUGUCUAGUCCUCCACUGCCGCUUCUGUAAUCAGGCAGGCAUAGUAGUUCCUCCCCCAAUAAAAUGCCAUGUAAAAAUA